AUGGACCAGCUGGACCAGCUGGACCAGCUGGACGUCGGCGUGGAGACGAUGUGUCCCGGGGGCGACGAAGCACCGACCCAGUCCGGAUCCUCCAGGCACGCGGACCCGUUCUACCCGCCCCCCCUGUGCCCGCUCACUCACCUGGGGACGCUGCUGGCCGGACACGACGCUCCGAGGACCGGAUGGGACAGGAGCCUGGAGCUGGAGUUCCAGUGCCAGUUACUGGGAGCAACGAGAGAAGCUCACGCCGACCAGAGCGUCACCAUCCUGCACGCCAAGGUCGCUCAGAAGUCCUACGGCAACGAGAAAAGGUUCUUCUGCCCUCCUCCUUGUGUUUACCUCAGCGGUGAUGGAUGGAGGGUCACGCAGGACCAUCUGAAAGCUGCCGGCCACGGUGGAGACUCGGUGCACCGGCUGUGUGGUUACAUGUGUCUGGACAGCAGCGCUCAGUCUCAGGCCGACUCUUUCAAACUGGCCUUCGAUGAGCAGCCGGACUCCCGGAUGUUCGCGUCGGCCAAGUCUCUGUUCAUCUCCGACCAGGACAAGAGGAAACACUUCUGCCUGCUGCUGCGUCUCUUCCUGGGCAGCAGACAGGAAGUGGGUUCGUUCCAGAGCCGGAUGAUCAAAGUCAUCUCCAAGCCGUCCCAGAAGAGGCAGUCCAUGAAGAACGCCGACCUGUGUAUCUCCUCAGGCUCCAGAGUAGCUUUAUUCAACCGGCUGCGCUCUCAGACGGUCAGCACCAGGUACCUGUCGGUGGACAGGGGAGCCUUCAUCGCCAGCGCCAGACAGUGGACCGCCUUCACCAUCACGCUGGUGGAGGACCAGCAUGCUGACCAAGGAGACUUUGUGCUGAGCGAAGGCUUCAUCUGUUACGGCUGUGUGGUCCAGUUAGUGUGCACCGAGUCUGGAGCCGCUCUGCCACCCAUGGUGAUUCGUAAGGUCAACAAGCAGCACGCCAUCUUAGACGUGGACGAGCCGGUCUCUCAGCUCCACAAGUGUGCCUUCCAGUUCAGAGACGACCCACAGACGUACCUGUGUCUGUCCAACGACGCCAUCGUCCUGUACCAGGCCCCAUCCAGCACCAAAGACCCCGGCAGGGUGGUGCUGAACGACGGGUCCUGCUGGACCAUCAUCGGGGUGGAAGCCGUGGAGUUCACCUUCAAUCACGGACCCUCCUGCAUCCAGAACCCCGUCACUCCGUUUCCUGUUAUCACGGGGUUAGAGGUGAACGGUGGAGGACACGUCGCCACGCUGGACAUCCACGGAGAAAACUUGAGCCCUCAUCUCAAAGUGUGGUUUGGAAACAACGAAGCUGAGACGAUGUUCAGGUCUCCCAAGUCUCUGCUCUGCGUCGUCCCUGACGUCUCGGCCUUCGGUGACGGCUGGCGCCACCUGAGACGCAUCACUUCCGUCCCGCUGUCUCUCAUCCGAUCGGACGGCCUGAUCUACCGCACGACCUUCAGCUUCACCUUCACUCCGGAGCUCCAGCCGCCGCCGUGUGCCCGAGGAACGGCGGCCGGAGGGAGGAGGGAGGCGGGGGCGGAGGGAGGCCAGCGGGACGACGUCCUCCUGGAGACCAUCCAUCAGGAGUUCACCAGAGCCAACUUCCACCUCUUCAUGCAGAGUUAGCGCACCUGGGGGAGUCCUCAGGUGACCGAGGACCUCAAAUCAAGCAGACAAUCCUUUUGAUGUUUUGUGUUUCAUUCAAUAAACACGAGACGGCAGGAAGUGACGGAGAGAAGCAGCAGCUGGAAGCGUUGCUGUGCUUCUCUUCUUAAAACCUGUGAAUCGCCUGCUUCACCUUCAGACCUCCACCUCUCCACUCAGGGAUGGUACGUUCCACUCAUGUGCUAGUGAUGGUACCUUCCACUCAUGUGCUAGUGAUGGUACCUUCCACUCAUGUGCUAGGGAUGGUACCUUCCACUCAUGUGCUAGUGAUGGUACCUUCC